UAAACCCUAAUGCUGUAACUAAUUGAUUGAACUGAGUUGUAUUAACUUAAAUAAUUACAAUUAGUUUAUAUUAAUUAACCUUUAUGAGUAUUUAGAACUUUUUCUUAUUUAUGAGUUUGUAAAAAUUAAACCUUUCAAGUAAGAUGGAAAAUUUUGCUGGUUUAAUUUAAACAAAAUGUCUCUUUAAAGUUUUAUUAACUCAAAAUCUUUCAGCCUUGUGAUUUUGCGUAUGACGUCAUCCAGGUUCACGUCAACUGUCUUGCCCGCGCUUAUUCCUCGUUCGUUUUUUUCAAGAUGGCGGAUCGGCCUCGCUUCACACUACAAAUUGAAGGACGGUUAUUGCUGACUACAAAAAGGUUCUUACCAGUUACACACAAUGGAGGCAUUUAAAAGCACAUCAGCAAGCACAGUGUCUUGUGCAAUGAUACUGCGUGUUGUUGAAGCAGACCGUGCAAGGAAAGUGAAACUUAGCACACAACCAGCCUCCGUUAGUGCACUUAUUCAAAUUUUAAAAGACCAACUUCAGCUGGACCUUGAGUUUAGUUUACAAUAUGAGGACCCUGAUUUCAAUAAUCAGCUGACUUCCUUGGAUGAUAUAAAUGAGUUGCCUCAAAAGGCAGUGGUCCAUAUCCUGCCAGUGCAAUCAGAUGGCUCCACUACAUCUACUGAAAUUCUAUCAGAUGUGUCGAAUCCUGAACGUUCUAAGAUGUGUCCUCGUGAUUUUCCAAUUCCACAGUUUUCCUAUGAUGUUGAGCUAAGGCUUAGACAGGGAAAUGAUGAAUUUGAGAAGAGCGGAAAGGGUCUAAAGUUGACAAGAGACCAAAAGCAUGACAUUCUGGAGAAGCUUGGCUCAACCAUGUAUGAUUUUAAGGCGUACCCAGACGACAAACAGAUAGGAAAAGUAGCAGAGGCCCUUGUCACAAAGCAUCCUUGUUUGAAGGAGCCAGGCUCUGACACAGGUUGGAAUGGGUGGAAAACCAGUUUAAAGUUCAAGAUGGGCAACUUGAGAAACAAAAUGAGGAAAAUUGGAUGUCUUGAGGUAACUGUUAAUGCUGGGAAAAGAAGUCAAGGCCAUCCUGAGAAUGAACCAUCACAUUCUAAAAUCAAGAAACCAAGACGUUCUGAGGUUAAUUAUUUGCCAAACUUUCCUCAAGGUGAGGAUGAAGCAUCUCUUGAAACAGUUAGACAGGAAAUUGCUGUUGAAGUCCAGAAGACAGAAAAAAAUACUAGUCUCAUCCACAAGAACAUGGAGAAAACUUUUGCUCUGCGACGACAGAACAUUGUUAGCGGAAGCCCAUCUGUGAAUGAGUUUCUGAAUCUCUGGCCUGCACUGCGUAUAACAUCUGAGCUGUUUGCAGAGUACCAACGUGUUACAAAUGAGAAUUUGCCCAACAAAUUCUAUGCACAACUGGACUACCUCCUACCUUGUUUGAUGACCAUUUUAAGGCAAAAAGCAUCCAAGACAGGCAAGACAGCAGAUACCCUGGCUAAUCUUUUGAAAGUUCAUGAUGAGCAGGAACUGCAUGAUGUAAAUUCACGACGGACUACCGUUAUCAGAGGUCUUCCAGUUUUGCUGCGUGACAAAGACAUAGGAUUUUUUAGGACCACCCUGAUUGAUAAUCCUGAAGUACUGACUGAGGAUGCUCCAGUGUCCCUGCUUACAGUUGUUCAUGAAAAUGCUGCUGCUCCAAUCCAUUACGAUCCAGUGAGGGUCUCAGUUGUCCUGGAGAAUGAAGUGGUCACCACCCAUAGCCAACUUCCAGAGGCCUUUCUUGUCUUGUUUGGAUUCAUGUAUGCUCUUCACUUAAAAUAUCCUAAAGGACUUGCCAAAACUUUUGAAUUUGUGCAAAAAGUUUUACUCGGCAUGGAUGACGGAAAACUGUCUCCUAGCGUGCAAACAUUAAAGAAUGAGUUGAUGUAGAGCUACUUUUUUUUUCUCGUUUAAUGAAGGCUGGCACUGGGGCAGUAACUUAAAAACAUGUCAGUACGUGUAGUUUAAACUAUACAGGAGUCACUUACCAGAAUGCACUAUUUUUAUUUCUUUUUAUGAAUGCCGCAAGACUAAGUUUUAUAUGACUUAAUGUAUGUUUUAAAAAUCAGGAUAUUUAAUUUUGUCAAACUAAAUCAUUUUUUUUGAAGCUCAUGUUUAAACAAAGUUGGUCAUGUAAAAUUCUGUUAAAAAAUAUUUUACAAAAUAAUUCUUCAAAAAUAUUUUUUUGUUACAAGUCAUACUGGGUUUUAUGCAUUACUUUUUCCUGAAUGUUUUUUUCCCCUGAGAAUUUUCACCCUUUUAAAGGGUUACUUUACAGGUGUCAUGUUGAUUUGUUAUAUCAAAUAGAACACCAUAGAAAGUAUUGUUAUUCUUUUUCAUUGUAUUAACAUUCUGGGCAUACUUUAUUCAUUUUAAAAUAGUGUUUAUUGUAAAUCUGUUACUGACAAACUGUUUUAAAGGUUUUGAGAAAUUUGUAUGUUUAUAGAAGGCAUGUUUACUGUAAACAUUCAUGUUGGUAUUACCUGUUGGACAUUUUUUGUUUAAAAAUAAAUGUUAAAAAUGG